AUGAGUUCUCUACACAGCUCGUGCUCCGACCUCUGGGUCGCAGCCCUGCUGCUUUUUCUCUUCGCUGCCACCCAAGCGGCCAUGCUCACACCCCUCCGAGUCGACCCCUUGGUUUCACUCACAGACAGUAGCAGCAGCACCGCCAGGGAUAGCCCUAAGGCCUCACCAUCUGCCGACGAGUACACAGCGGAAUACGCAAAGGGACCAAAACCAAAGCCCAAGGCCCCAUCGGUGCCCUCGCCAAAGGGUAUAUCCGCCCCCGCCGAUGCGUCCAAGUCCGGUCCGGGCAUGCCCGUGAUUAUCUACUAUCAACCUGAGAAGUUGGACAUGAGGCCAAGCGUUGACACUUACAUGUAUGGUGGCUAUCGUGUCUCUUGUGGCAAAUAUGCUGGCGGCGAUGAGGGUGACGUAAUGAGCUCAGCUGCCAGCAUUCGCGAUACUAAAAAGGAUGUCACAGCGGACCCAGGCAAAUGUAUCCGGGUGGGAUGUCGCGGCUCGAGCGCAGUUUAUUUUUGCAACCACGAUAAGAGCAAGUCCAAGACGGUUGCACAGUCAAGCAUCGGCUUCAUGGCAAACACCCUAUCCGAGCUGUGCUGCCAGGCGGCCCCCGGCGGCGGCGAGGCAGGCGAGAUUGUGAAUGAGGACAACAACUACUCGGUCAUCGUCGGGUACGGCGACUGUUCCAAGGGAGACCGGGACGGUCCGUAUACAGAGCAGCAGGCAAGAGCCCGCCCGAUCUGCCGCGGGAAGCCCACACCUUCCAAGAAUAGUGGUCCUGGAGGCAGUGGAAACGUUUCCUGGAGGGAUGAUGCUUCGUGGCCUGCAGCUGUUAUUGGUCUAGGGUUCAUGCUGUAUGCUCGUCGAGGAUAG